AUGGCGGAAGGAGGUGAGCGAGAGGAGCUGCUCUCGCCGCCGCCGGUCUCUCCGGCCAAGCGGCUGUGCUCGUGGCCCAGCCCACAGGCUCACCACCCUCGCGGUUCUCCCGGGGCGGCCAGCGGAGGGGCGGGAGGCGUCGGCAGCGGCUGCCUGGCCCCCGGGGCCCGCCCCCACCUGCAGCCGGAGUCCUUGCUGGACUGCGCCGCCAAGACGGUGGCGGAAAAGUGGGCGUACGAGCGGGUGGAGGAGCGCUUCGAGCGGAUCCCGGAGCCCGUGCAGCGCCGCAUCGUCUACUGGUCCUUCCCGCGGAAUGAGCGGGAGAUCUGCAUGUACUCAAGCUUCCAGUACCGGGGCGGCCCGGGCGCCGGCGCGGCUGGCGGCGCCGCGGGGUCCUCGCCGGCCGAGGAGGGGCCGCCGCCGCCACCCCCCGGGGCCGCCGCUCCGGCCGGCUCCGCCCCCGGGGCAGCCGCGGCGGGGACGUCCCCCGGGCUGGGCACAGGGGCCGGCGCGACCGGCGGCGGCGGCGGCGAGGGGCUGCCGUUCCGCCGGGGCAUCCGUCUGCUGGACAGCGGCUCCGUGGAGAACGUGCUGCAAGUCGGCUUCCAUCUGAGUGGUACGGUAACUGAGCCCGCCACUGCUUCAGAACCAGCAAUGACUUACAAAGUUGCAAUCAGCUUUGAUCGAUGCAAAAUCACUUCAGUGACAUGUGGCUGUGGGAACAAGGACAUAUUCUACUGUGCUCACGUGGUUGCACUCUCACUCUACAGGAUCCGAAAACCAGACCAAGUCAAAUUGCGUCUUCCUAUCUCAGAAACCCUCUUUCAGAUGAAUAGGGACCAGCUACAAAAGUUUAUUCAAUAUUUAAUCACAGCACAUCACACUGAAGUUCUUCCUACUGCACAGAAACUGGCAGAUGAGAUUCUUUCCUCCAACUCAGAAAUCAACCAAGUGAAUGGUGCCCCUGAUCCCACAGCUGGGGCUAGCAUUGAUGAUGAAAACUGUUGGCAUUUGGAUGAAGAACAGGUGAAAGAACAAGUGAAGCUUUUUCUUUCUCAGGGGGGUUACUAUGGCUCUGGAAAGCAGCUCAACUCAAUGUUUGCCAAGGUUCGAGAGAUGCUGCGGAUGAGAGAUUCCAAUGGAGCCAGGAUGCUGACGCUUAUAACCGAGCAGUUUAUGGCUGAUCCACGACUCACACUCUGGAGGCAACAAGGAACAAGCAUGACAGACAAGUGCAGGCAGCUCUGGGAUGAGCUAGGGGCUUUAUGGGUGUGCAUAAUUUUAAAUCCCCACUGCAAACUGGAGGAAAAAUCCUGUUGGCUACAACAGCUGCAGAAAUGGAGCGACCUGGAUGUCUGUCCUCUGGAGGAUGGGAACUAUGGACACGAGCUGCCCAACAUCACCAAUGCACUUCCCCAGAAUGCUAAUCACAGCUCAGACUCCUUAUCCAGACCAAGAAGAACAGUGUUCACUAGAGCCAUUGAGGGCCGUGAAUUACAUUGGCAGGACAGCCACCUACAGCGAAUAAUCAACAGCGAUAAAUAUACAGCUCCCAUCUGCCAGCGGGAAAGUGACAGACUACUGUUUAAUUCUCAAGGCCAGCCACUGUGGCUUGAGCAUGUGCCUACAGCCUGUGCUCGGGUUGAUGCCCUGCGUUCCCACGGUUAUCCUAAAGAGGCCCUCAGACUCACGGUGGCCAUUAUUAAUACUCUGAGGUUGCAGCAGCAGCGGCAGCUGGAAAUUUACAAGCAUCAGAAGAAAGAGCUGUUGCAAAGAGGAACUACAACCAUCACAAACCUGGAGGGCUGGGUGGGCCACCCCCUGGAUCCCAUUGGCUGCCUUUUCCUCACUUUGACUGAAGCCUGCCGCCUGAAUGAUGAUGGCUAUCUGGAAGUGUCAGAUAUGAAUGAAAGCAGACUCCCUAUGUACCAGCAUGUACCUGUGGCUGCAGGCUGCUCAAACAGCAAUGAGUCCUAUCUCUCCUUGGCCCUGGAAGUUGCUCUGAUGGGUAUGGGUCAACAGAGAGUGAUGCCUGAAGGCCUCUAUGCACAGGACAAGGUGUGCCGUAAUGAGGAGCAACUCCUGAGCCAACUCCAGGAACUGCAACUGGAUUAUGAGUUGGUACAAACACUGAGGAAACAGUGCAUCUUACUGCUGGAAGGAGGCCCUUUCAGUGGUCUGGGAGAAGUAAUCCACCGAGAGAGUGUUCCCAUGCAUACCUUUGCCAAGUAUUUGUUCUCAGCUCUGCUGCCUCAUGAUCCAGACCUGUCCUAUAAAUUAGCCCUACGUGCCAUGAGGUUACCUGUUCUAGAAAACUCAGCUUCUGCAGGCGACACUUCUCAUCCGCAUCAUAUGGUGUCUGUGGUGCCCAGCCGUUAUCCUCGCUGGUUCACUCUUGGACACUUGGAAUCACAGCAGUGUGAACUAGCUUCCACCAUGCUGACAGCUGCCAAAGGAGACACUCUGAGGCUCCGAACAAUUCUGGAAGCAAUACAGAAGCACAUCCACUCUUCCUCCCUCAUCUUCAAGCUGGCCCAGGAUGCAUUCAAGAUUGCUACUCCCACAGAUAGCAGUACGGACAGCACCCUGCUCAAUGUGGCCCUCGAGCUGGGGUUACAGGUGAUGCGGAUGACCUUAUCAACCCUUAACUGGAGACGCCGGGAGAUGGUGCGAUGGUUGGUGACUUGUGCUACAGAAGUAGGUGUGCGGGCCCUGGUGAGCAUCUUGCAGAGCUGGUACACACUCUUCACCCCGACUGAGGCUACGAGCAUUGUAGCCGCCACAGCCGUAUCCCACACCACUGUCCUGCGCCUCAGUCUCGACUAUGCACAGAGGGAGGAGCUGGCCAGCUGUGCUCGCACGCUGGCCCUGCAGUGUGCUAUGAAGGAUCCUCAGAGCUGUGCCCUGUCAGCCCUUACACUCUGUGAGAAAGACCACAUCGCCUUUGAGGCAGCCUACCAGAUUGCCAUUGAUGCUGCUGCUGGCGGCAUGACCCAUUCCCAGCUGUUCACCAUUGCCCGCUACAUGGAGCUCCGUGGCUACCCGCUGCGUGCCUUCAAGCUGGCCUCCCUAGCCAUGAGCCAUCUUAACCUGGCCUACAACCAGGAUACCCACCCCGCCAUCAAUGAUGUGCUCUGGGCAUGUGCCCUCAGCCACUCUCUGGGCAAGAAUGAGCUGGCGGCCCUCAUCCCCCUGGUGGUGAAGAGUGUGCACUGUGCCACAGUCCUUUCUGAUAUCCUGCGGCGCUGCACAGUGACUGCACCUGGCCUGGCUGGCAUCCCAGGCCGCCGCAGCUCUGGAAAACUCAUGUCCACCGACAAGGCUCCGCUGCGCCAGCUGCUGGAUGCCACCAUCAAUGCCUACAUCAACACUACACACUCACGCCUGACACACAUCAGCCCCCGCCACUACGGAGAGUUCAUCGAAUUCCUGAGCAAGGCUCGAGAGACCUUCCUGCUGCCCCAGGAUGGCCACCUGCAGUUUGCCCAGUUCAUCGACAACCUCAAACAGAUCUACAAAGGCAAGAAGAAGCUGAUGCUGCUGGUGCGUGAGCGCUUUGGCUGAGAAGGCAGAUGUCUCCCCAGCAGGGCAGCCUGAGCUCCCAGAUACAUCAGGUCAGGCCAAGGACACUGGAACACUGUCCACCCUGAGAGAUUUCUGAGCACUUGUGGCUGAGGCCAAAGGACCACAGGGCUAAAGACAGAGAGCGUCUAGCUGUAGCCAAUAUGUCUGCCUUGGCAAGCUUUUCACCACAGCCCACUGUUCCUGGAGGAGCCAGGCCCUGCAGAUCCAUCAGAAACCCCACAACAUGCCACCUCACGCCCUAUAUCCUGCGUGUCCUGGGCAUUGGCCCUCCCUCCCUUGGCAAACACAGAACACUGUUCCGUCUCAGGGAUUGCUUAACCAGAGAAACAAGCAUUUAUGGUACUGUAAAUACUAUAGUAUAUGUGUUGCCAAUUAUUGUAAAGUUGUAACUAUUUAUAAUUCUGUUUCUGAUUUGAUGGGCACUUGAAGUAGCUGUGGGUGGGAGGUUAGGCCUGUUUUCUGAGGAGACACAACCAUUUCUCAGGUUUCCCUUGUAGAGUGUAUGUUAUUGGUAGCGGAAGAAUGAGGAUGGCAGGGAAGAAAAUGGCCAGUUGGAAUAAAUCCCAAGUCCAGUCUAUGCAGAAACCCCAGCCUGCUGAUGAGGCAUCUAUAGCCUGGUGGUAGGUGAUGGGCAUAGGCCAGGACUGGACUUGACUUUCACCUCAUGAAGCUAUAAAGACACUGAAGCUCCUGCUCCUGCUUCAUACAGCUUCUCCGACAGCCUGCUGAGCUCCUGAGAAACAAGUGCAGGGAGAAGACGAAGAGCUGGGAAGCUGCUGAGCUCAUACUCCUCUACUCUGACCACCUUUGUGUUAGAGAGCAUCUGGUUUCGUGUGUGUGUGUGUGUGUGUAUCUCCGUGGCUAAGUUGUUGGUAUUCAUUUGGCCUUUCCCUUCCUAAGUUUUAGCCUUGGAGGGCAAACCCCUAGCCGACAGCCACACUCUGCUAUGUUCCUGCUACUUCCUGACCCUGUGCUAAGCCUGGCUAAGUACCUGGGUCUAUGUAUGUAGAUCUAUCUGUGCGUGCCAGUCUGUAUCUGCACAUAUAUCUUGAUGUGUAUGUGUUACUUUUGUGCCCAUGUGUGUGUGAACACAUGUGUGUGCUGUACCAUGGGUUUCAGUGUGACAUAUACAUGUGAGAAUGCCUAUCUGGGUAUAAGUGUACUCGUUCUUGUCUAUGCGUUUUUAAUGUGUAUGUGUAUCUAGGCACACAUGGGGGCAUGUGUAUCAACAUAUUUGUACCUGUGUGAUGCCUGCUCCCCAGGGAUCUGUGUGUGUGUGUGUAACUGAGGGUAUUGCUACAUGUAGGUAUGUCUGUGUAGUUCUGUUUGAGCAUCUGCAUAAAUGUGUCCUUUUUCUUUUUGCCAGAUCUCUCCUUCAUUACUGUUAGUCUCUCACCAGCUAAACAUUGCUUCACCAUCCCUGUGCCUCCUGAGGUCACCAUUCUCUCUUGUUUAACAAGCUUCUGAGCACGUCUCCCUCUGCCCAGACUGACCGCUUUAGUGCUACAGUUCUUACCCUAUCCUUGCUUUCUUCCCCUGUCUUUCUACCUCAGACUUCCUUUGCCUGCUUUUGUCACAGUCCUGUUGGUCACUGAUUUGGAGGCUGGGGCUGGUAUUCAUUUGGCCUUUCCCUUCCUAAGUUUUAGCCUUAGAGGGCAAACCCCUAGCCGACAGCCACACUCUGCUGUGUUCCUGCUACUUCCUGACCCUGUGCUAAGCCUGGAGUUGUUUUAGGAGGUAGUUAAGAUAUUUGAAUGAGUCAGUUGGAGACCAGUGUCUUGGUGUUUCCUGUUUCCUGUCUUAGUUCCUGAGUUGGGAUGGGGCUUGAUAGAGAAGGGGUGGUAUAGCUAGAGUGUGAACUAAGGACCUGUCUGCUUUUUCCUUUGUUUGGCAAACUCUUUAUGUCACCUUUUUUAUUGCAAACUGACCAGUAAGUUGUAUUUGCUGUUUGUGGCUACUGGAGUCUUACUGUCCAGCCAAGGGCCCCUACAACACCUCAGCCCAAUGGGUUGGUCAGAAAGAGAAGCCACUCCCAUAUCUGUAUCACAAUUGCCCCUUUUUUAGCAAGUGUGUGAACUCGCAGUGCUUUUCUAUGAAUAAAUCAUGGGUCACAUUUUCUA